GAAAAGCAGGGGUACCGAUGUUUUCCUGUACUCCAAAGGCUAUAAAUAGUCAUCAAUUUUUGCUGCCUUAUCUAGAAAACUCUAUCAUCUCUAGCAAUACUGGCAGCAACCAUUUGUGGGAAGAAGUUCUAAGCGGCCCUACAACUCCUUUCAUCUGCAUUCAGUUCAUCAAAAGACUCUCUUCUGCAAUGUGUGUGGGGACUUGUACUCGGAUCCUGGGCCCAUGCCUCCUUAUCUUAGGCUUUCUUUCCAUUACUGCUAAUAUUCUCCUACUCUUUCCCAAUUGGGAAUGGUGUUACUUAAGCCUGGGUCAAAUAUCCAACAGGGCAAUGCUAAUGCCAGGAGUGUGGGGAGGAGGCCUGCUGAUUUUUCCUGCUGCAAUUCAGAUCACAGGUAUUGGAUGGAGGUGGAAGUACUUCAGCAGCUCAGGAACUUGCUGUAAGAUGUUCCUUUCCAUUCUGCUAUCAGGAUUGGCCCUCCUGGGAUCAGCAGCUUGUUUUAUUCUGUCUGGUUCAGGCCUGACAGAGGGGCCCCUAUGUCUCUAUAAUUCCACCCACAAUGAUAAUAAGAUGCAACAAUGGGGCUAUCCGUUUCUUGAAAUGGACUACCAUGUCUUCAACAAUGGGGCUCAGAAUUACCUGUAUGAUCCUUCCCUUUGGAAUUCAGUUUGCAUCAAGCCACAGAAUAUUGUUGGCUGGAAUGUGUAUUUCUUCUCCUCCCUCCUAGUCAUCAGUAUGGUUGAAAUGAUCCUGGCUGCUCUCCAAAUUAUCAAUGGCUGUUUUGGAUGUGUCUGUGGCUUAUGUGAACAGAAGAAAUAGGCAACAUGGUUUCGGAAAUGUUUUUAACCCUCAGUUCAUAGCUGGUUCUUGCAUUGUCAUGUAAAAAUAGAGAUGAAGUUGACCCAACAGUGACUCCUGCCCCCAUCACCAACCCACCAGUGUAUCUUUGUCUCCCACAGAACUCAUCUGUAAGCAGUCACUUUCAGGACAUAUACACUGAAACUGCUGUCAUUAUAGACAUUGUCACAGAGUUAGAGAGCUAAGAAGUUGAUUUUGAUAAGUAAGUAAUAUUGUACUGUGAUGCGUAUUUAUACACAUAUUUAUUGUGUUUCUGUUUACAAGAAACCCUUAACUGUUAUAUGUAAUCCUCUUGUUUAUGUGAGUGAAUGCAACAUAAGCCAGAAAGUACUGUAAUUUUUCUGAGAUAGAGAUACAGUAUAAACAGGCCUGAAUAGAAAAUGCUCGCUCCAAAUUAAAGUUAAGGCAGAUCCCCUGACUUUAGGGGUCUACUUCACAAGUCAUCCCCAACUUCUAGAAGACCAAAACCUGGGAAACAGCUUUGGCCUGAAGUUGAGGUUGAAAUAUCUGAAAGCUGCCAGGGAUGAGAAAUACUGGCCUACACUACGUGGUCCUGGAUUUCAGCCACUCAAAGUUAUGUAUAUGAGAUGGGUGGCUGCAUAAAUGUAACAAUCUUUCCCCUAGAAGAGUAAAUUGAGAAGAAUGUUAUUAUUUUCAAGAGAGAACACUACUUAGAGCUGUGUCAAAAGGCAAUUGUUCGCAUUAUGAUCAGACUUUGUUUUUAUCUCCAUAAUAGCUGGUCUUAUUAAUGGAAACUGCUGAAACCUAUGUGCUUAAAUAUCAAAUAAAGAUAUUUAUUUUUCCAAUAUCUCUUCAAAAAUAAUUUCCUCCUUAAGCAAGUGUGUGAUUCAAACUUCUCCAGGUGCAUCUGCAUUAUUCAGUAUCAAUGCUGCUCAUUCAUUAUUUAUAUUUAAGAAGCCAGAAACCAUUACUUAUCUUGAGUAGAUAAUUGUUAAAUGUUUCUUUUCUUUUAAAAAUAUCCUUGUUAAUUGUACCAAAAUCCUUUCAAGGAGGAACUUUAUUUCAGGCAGAGAAAUAUGUAGAGGGGAACAAUUAGCAAGACCAAUAGCAAAUGAUUUAUAUUUGGAAGAAAUAACUAUACUCAGACCCCGAAGAGAAGACAAGCAGGAAAUACAUAUCUACAUAUAACUUGUACAAAUAAAUAAAGAAGGAAAGCACGUAGAGGUGGGGAGAUGGUAGAGUUUAACCAGGUUUGGGUAGCACACCAUCCUGUUGCAGUCACUCUAGGAGAACUCUACAUCAGCUGUUCUCAUUCCUAUGGGGCAUUUACUCUAAUUCCCCUUCUUGGAAUAGCCAUACAGCAGAAGGUGUAGCCCUAAAGCUCUCACUUGCUUUCCAUUCUGGAAGUGGGAGAGUAUGAGGUGGUAAUGGAUGGGAUUGCACCUCUUUCUUUCGCUCCAAACAACUUGGAAGGAAAUGAUGAGAAAGGGAGCAUCAGUCCUCUUCCUUUCCCCAAGUCACCUAAUCUCAGAGAGUCCUGCUCCCCCCAGUUCUGGUCACCCAAAUAGGAACCCUGCUGCUAUUCUGCAGAAAUCAUUCCAAUUUUGGAUUUCAUGAGCUGGAUCUAUAGCAAAAACCACCUCAAAAUGGUACACAGGGAUGAAAUGGAAAGCCAAAGUUACACUAUAUUGCGGUAAGUUUCCCACUUAGCACUAGAGAUACCAACCUUAUGGCCUUUUGAUGAGGUCAAUAUUUUCUAACCUAAACAACAUACUUCCAAAGAAAAGACCAGCUGUGUCAGAGCGGAACUUCAUUUCUUUGGUCAUGAUGGUCCAGAGUCCUUCAGUCAGAGGGAAGGGGCAGCACUAUAGUCAGAGGGGCAAGUG